AGCGCAUUGUACUCUGGGAAUUUUUAGUUCGAACUAUUAUGUUCCGUUCAUGUUGAUUAUAGAGACUUUUUAUUAGAAAAAUAACAAAGAUAAAAAUAUUUUCGUACUAAAGGUCACUGAAUGACUGCAGCAGUCAUUUUAAACCGGUUUGUUGACUGAGACUCGACUGGGUUAUUUUGGUAUUCUUGUCAGGUCUGUUUAUUUCAGCUCAUCACUCCAGCAUGACUUCAGCUUCCACGAAGGUGGGCGAGAUCUUCUCGGCUGCAGGCGCUGCUUUCUCUAAACUGGGUGAACUGACCAUGCAGCUGCAUCCGGUGGCGGACUCCUCUCCUGCGGGAGCCAAAUGGACCGACACGGAGAUCGAGAUGCUGCGUUCUGCAGUCCGCCGCUUCGGUGAAGAUCUGAACAGCAUCAGCUCAGUCAUAAAGGAGCGGACAGUCGCCCAGAUUAAGACUACCGUGAAAAGGAAGCUGUAUGAGGACAGCAGGGUUCCUCUCACUGCAGAGUCACCUAAAAAAACGAUGAAGAAAACCACAGUGAUGCUACCGCCCCCUCCUGCAUCAGUCGCCCCCACCGUUAUCUCUGUGCCCACAUCACAGGUUGUCGUGACAACUGGAUUGCAGAGUUCUUCCUCUUUACAACCAGCAAUAAAGAACCCUAAACCAGCAGAUGUGACUCUGAGUGCUCUGAAUGACUCUGAUGUGAACAGUGAUUUGGUGGAUAUUGAAGGGCUUGGAGAGGGUUCCACUAAAAAACCGAACUUUGACCAAGAGAGCUUGAAUCUGGACUCCAGUCUUAUAAUGAACUCCAGUGAUCUGCCUCUGCUGUCCCGCUAAUCUUCACUUGUCAGUCAAAGUGAUAUUCAGGUGCGGGGGGAUCAAGGGCAGCACGUGGAAAGAUUCUGCAGUUUGAUCAUUACUGUACCCCCUUUUCCACUGUGGGUUCACACAGCACCAGAUAAAACCAACCAUUUUCUACCCAUGUCAGUGAAGAUGAAGUACUCCAUGAAAAAUAACUGCAUCAUUAGCUCUUAAAAUGUAGCAAAAAUCAAUAAUGGAAUAAUGUUUGUAGUGGUUCACGAUCUGAUUUGCCCACAGCUGAAAAGGGGUUUACAGGACAGUGGUGCAGGACUCAAACUACCUUUUUUUUGUUUUUUAAUUAUUAGGCCCUUUUGGCUGAAGUAAAGCUUUGUGUAGUGAGAUGCUGCUUGUAAUGAAAAUGUGGCAGCACAAUAUCAAAAACAGUUUGAGAAAACCAUUUUACCAUUUUCUUUCACUGCCACUGUAUGUUAGGUGCAGCUUCUAUUGUAUGUACAUAUAUAUUAUUUUUUACCAUUACACAAUACUUAAACAGGUCAUUUCAACAGCUAACAUGACACAUGCCUGCUUGAAUUUUAUAUGAACAAAAUGUCUCGUCAUACAGUUUCUUGGCUCAGCAUAAAAAGACAGCAUACAGAUCAAUAAAAUGAGUUUUUAAUUAUGA